UAAAAAUCCGGACAGAGCACAUUUCCUAUCCAUCUCACCUAACUCACACUGCUGCUGACACUUCACUGUACUACCGGUUCAUUUCCUUGCGAUCUCGCGCCACCAAGCUCUGCUCCUGCGAAGAUGUGUACCGUAACCCGAGCCCACCUCGACCAAAGGCUCGCCGCCGCCAAGCGCUGCUCCAGAGAGGCAGCCAUUGCGGGAGCCAAGGCGGCCGCCGUCGCCACCGUUGCAACCGCAGUCCCCACCCUGGCGAGCGUGAGGAUGCUGCCGUGGGCGAGGGCGCACCUCAACCCCACCGGGCAGGCGCUCAUCAUCUCCACCGUCGCCGGGAUGGCCUACUUCAUCGUCGCCGACAAGACCAUCGUAUCAAUGGCCAGGAAGCACUCCUACGAGGACGCGCCGGAGCACCUCAAGAACACCUCCUUCCACUAAUUAGACUGUAAUAGACCCAUUAGUAGCAGUGUGCAAUAAACUGCAUGCCGGCCUGCACGUGUCUGCUGAAGGAUACUAGCACUAGUAUAAUGUUCAGCAAUUAUCUGAGAUCAGGCUAGGCUUGCAGACAGUGAGUGGUGUAGUGUACUGGUCUUCUCUGCGUGCAAUUAGCACUUAUCUGAUCAAGUAAUCAUCAUGUAUCCAGCCAGUGAUCUUGAAUUAAUAAUAACUUGCAUUUGUACAA